AUGAUAUAAAUAAAAGACUCACUACCCAAGGAAUGGUUUGAUUUUAUCGAGUCAAUCAAGAUUUUAAAUCCCAUUGACGAAGAAACAGUUAAAUAAUUUGUAAAAGUUCGAGCCAGCCAAUUUCCAUCUGACCAAUAAAUGAAAUAAUACUAUGAAGAAGUUUUUUCAAAAUCGACUAAUGAUUCGAACAGGAAGAAAUGGCAUCAGCAAGACAAAAUUCUGCUUAUCUGGAGCAUGACAAAAUAUUUAAUGUCUUAAAAUAGAUCUGACUUAAUUCCUAAUGACAGAGAUUGGGAGUAUAUAUCGAAAAUACUCUGUGUGGAUAAGUAAUUGGUUGAAUUAAAAUGGAUAUCCUUACUUCAUUCCAAUCUAAAAAUUUCCCCUUGGACCAAAGAAGAAGAUCAGAUUUUGACAGAUAUUGCAAGUUAACACUAUUCAAAAAAUAAUUGGACAGAACUAACUAUUAUGUUUAACUAAUUGUCCUCAACUUAGAGGUACCCCAAAUAAAUAAGAGAGAGAUGGAAUAACGUUCUUAAUCCAAGCAUCUCUAGGUCGAGUUGGACUAAAGAGGAAAAAAUUAAACUCAUACAAUUGAUUUUAGAUUAUGGUAAGAAAUGGUCUAAAAUACAGAGUGAAAUGAAUGGGAGAAGUGAAAAUUAAAUCAAAAACUAAUAUAAUGGAAUCAUUAGAAAUUUGAAACGAUUUAAUGUCUAAGAAAACGAAGAGAGAUCUUUACUCAAAGCUAUCGUACAGAACCCAGAUUAAAAAUUGAGUUUGACAGUUACACAAUUUAUGUCUGACUUCUUGGCCAAGAAAGAAGCCUAAAAGAGAAUAGACACUCCACUAUUGAAUACUGAAGGGUCCAAUUUGAAAAAACCAAAAGUAGAACCUCUCUCUCUUGAUAAUGCAAUCAGUGCCACAAAUGUCUCUUUAACUGAAAAAACAAAAAUAAGUCAGGAAUCUUCAAACUAGAUUGUUCAAACAACAAACUUAUUUCAACAGUAAAAUAACCAUUUCUCUGUACCUUAAAUUUAACCAUAAUAAAUAUGUUAUGGAAACUAAUAUGGUAUGUUUAGUUUCCCUAAUGCAUAUAUGAAUUAUGCUCCAAAUAAUCAGAUAUAUCCAAAUUAUCAUUAAUUUCCAGUUAACUUAGGAUUUUAACAAUAAUUUUAAAUGUAUCCAGGAUACUUCUGAUUUGUUGAAGCAUAAGUGAGCAAAAUAUUGAUAUAUAUAUUGAAUAAUAUAUUAUUUUUAAAUUUGAAAUUU